AUGUUUCGGUACGACGUCACAAACCAUCAUCGCGUGAUCCUUCAAUUUCAAUGCUUGCAGAGAGAUCCCACUCAUUUGUCUCAUGAUGAUGAUGAAGCGUGCCCCGUACCAAAUGGUAUCGCGUCCUCAAAUGAUAUAAAGGGGCCCACGCUCCCGGCCCCCAUUCUAUUCCUCAAUCUCAGCAUCAUUCCAGGACCACCAGGAUCGAUUCGUAACUGGAUUUCAACAUCUCACUGUGCAUUCUCAAACCGAAUCAUUUAUGAAACGCUGGUAAAGAAUCACGGAUCCAUCUACGACAUGUCUGAACCCAAUCCUUGCACCGGCCACGGUCUCUACAUGUCUGGAAUUUUCGAAGUUGAAGAACAAUUGUCUGAAGAUCGCCACUUCAAGGUCGAAUUUCGUAGCUACUCCGUUUUGAUUGGGUGCGCAGGCGCGAAUCGCAAACAGGAUCUUCACUACGAGAUUCGUGCAACUGGCUUCAGCAAUGAAGCUCUCAAGCUCGAGCCUAACAAACUGUACUUCUUACGGGGUUCAUUCUUCCCAACCAAUACCGAAGAGACCUAUAAAGAUGAGUUUUUUUUUGAAGGUUCCGACAGACUUUGCCUCGGAACCCCCGGCAACUUCUCAGACAGCUUGGCCGACAAGAUUGGGAUUACUGGUAUUGGUCGUGUCCUUAACGUUACUUUUGUCGUUGAAGACUCCAUGCAAUACCUCAAGCAAAGAACCUCUGACCCCGACAAGAUCAGUUUGUACGCAAUCGUCCAACACUGUGAUUUCCACCCAGAUACUAAGUUGGCAAAAGAGAUUACCCUUGAGUAUCGUAUUCCGCCUUUCAAACAUCUCUCUGGGUCACCUCAAGUAGUGAAGGAAGGCCGCGAGUGCCAGUUUCACGGCUACAUCAAGGACUUUAAUGAAGAGACCAGUCGUUACAUCGUCAUAGUGGCACCAACAUCCGGCCAUGUCGAGAAAGCCCCACGUGCGAGAGUCGUCAAAGGGGAGACUUCGACUGAACCCAAUGGUCGCCCCAAAAUUGUGAAGCGUUAUGAUCUUGACAGAUUCAAGCCUCGUGGCGUAUCGACGCCUUUCAAGUCCCCAAUGACUGUAUCCGAGUCCAGUCCCACCAUCCCGUUUCCCCCAUCAGCUCAAUUACCGUCAUCCUAUUCCUCAGGCUCUGGACAAUCCGGUUCAAUGGCGCCAGCUGCUCAGGAACCUGCGCAGCCAACCAAGAAACGAGCUCGCGCACAACCCAAGCGCAGAGUGGCGAAGGCUGUGGAGCCAGAGUGGGCCGAAGAAUGA